AGAAAAAGAAGGAGUAGCUUGAACGUUCCGUCGAAUCCUUGCUUUCUUAAGGCCUUCCCAAUGAAAUGCCCGGUGACGAAGCCUCGUGCACCCACGGUCACCACGUUUUCGUUGCGUGCUUGAUUCUGCUAGCACCGCUGUUUCUGUUCGGCUUCGCGGCGCUCCUGUGGGCCCUGGUGCGCGCCAUCGUAGGCACUUCGUCCGAGCCGGGCCCUGAGGUCCCGCCUUUCUGCUGCCCCGAAGCUAUCGGAACGAUAAUCAUGCUGUCCAACCUGACGGUGGACCCCUGCAACAACUUCAUCGGCUGCGCCUGCUACAAGAAGAACAAGGUGGACCGCCAGGCGAUCGUGGAGCGCGCGCUAGCCUCGUCCGUGCUUCACCCGACUCUUCAGGGCAAACUGCGCUCGCCCGUCAGCGACAUCCUCAGGAUGCACCACGAGAGCUGCCUUGCCUCGGCCGUCGGCAAUCUGUUCACCGCGGAGCACGCGGUGAAAGCCGUCGUCGACCUGUUUCGGCGCUGGUCGGGAACGAUCUCGCCGCACGCCGUGGACCUGAUCAAAGUCGUCGGUCUGCUACACUUCCGGUACUACAUCUUCAGCGUCUUCAGAACUGACAGCGUACGGUGGCACGAAAGGAACGAAACGCUGUUCGUCAUCGCCGCUCUAGCCGCGCCACACAUACUGGCUGCCGGCACUUCCUAUCCCACAGAGUUCACGGAAGUCAUGUUCGACACCGCGAACAGUUAUACGGGUCUUAACGUUACUCGCGCCGCCUUGACGGCUUUGGUUGCGCGAUUGCAAGCCGCACGCAAUGUUUUCGACGAGAAUGUCUACGCGGGCAAGUUUUCCUUCCUGGACGAAACGUUUCCCAACGCAGACAUGUCCUCGUGGAAGGUAAUUCUGAGGACCUUCCCACUGAUUGGCCUGGAGGAUCCCUCCAAUAUCGUGGGCAUCGUAGAAGUGCUCGUCGACAAGGACGCCACCGUCCAGGCAUCGGCGCUCGUCUACUUUUCUGUCCAUACGGCGUGGUCCAUGUUUGCCCGAGAAAUCACAAAUAUGAAGGUCGCCGCUAGCCUAGUGGCCCGGGCGGCUUUCUGCGGUGAGGAGAUCGUGAAACUGUUUCCACUCUGGGACGUGUUGUUGACGCAGCAGAUGACCAGUCCCGACCGAGACGCUGUCGUGCUGCAGUUAUUCCACAGAGUCGCCGAUGCCGUGCUUGCGGACGCUCAAGUCACCUUCUCCGCAUACCUAAACUCGAGCGAGGUUCGCAGGGUGGUGCGAGGCGUUCGCGUCGUAUUGGCCGUGGACAUGACAGCACCGUACUCGCACCACCUGCCCGACGCGAGCGAUAACUACUUCGAAAACGUGCUGGAAUUCCGCGAUUUCCAUUUCCAGGGCUAUUUUAUCGCAGUCCUCGAGUACCCUCGGCACCGCAUUCGCAAGCCGUGCAUUGGGCCAGAGAAAUACGGACCUCUCCUCGUGAGGCGCAUCAACGCGGCGCGGGGCCUCUCAGGGCUGCACAGGCUCCGACAUAACUUGUUCCAGGCGUUUGUCAGCAGAGCGGGCAGUCAUGUCGUAAUCUCGGCCGGCGUCUAUGCGCUCCUCAACUUCGACGCCACCCGCAGAGGCAACCGAGUCAACGGCGCAGCUGUGAACAACGCCGCUGUGCUCGGCGUCCUGCUCGCCGACGCUCUCUGGGACGCGCUGAUCGACAGAAAGAACUGGGAUUUCAAGACUGGUGAAAAACUGUUCUUUCAGGCGUACUGUAUGAGAGACAUCCUCGGACGCGACCUGGCCCCCGAUCUGAAGCACGCUCUGCUGUCGCUGCAAUCCACGGCCCGCGCCGUUGCUGCUCCGGGUUGGCACCGGAGGGCGCUGGCGUUCGGCUACUACCACCUUUCGGCUAGUCAAGUAUUCUUCAUGUUUUUUGUCCUGCACCACUGGUGCCAGACUCUCGUCUACGACGAUGAAGGGCUGAGCCUGUCGGAGUCCAUUCGGCACAUCGGAGAGUUCUGCGAUGCCUUUGGUUGCGCGUCGCAGCCGCAGAUCGAAUGGGCCACUGUCUGUGAAGAGCCUUCUGAAGACAGACGCGCUUGGCUUCAGUCCCACCUAUCGCGGAAGCGUGGCGCGAAAGCUGUGCAUUGGCCGGGGUGCACGCAUCAUUUCAUUUGCUAGUAGCGACGUGCCAAGGGAUACAAAAGAAGCAGAACUAACAUUUGUUUUACGUUUCGAGUUGUCGUGCACCCCAUUUUAUUUCAUCGGUACCUCGUGAAAUGCUAUCGUAGUUAUUGACGCUUUUCAUGUUUGUUCUGUUGAAGUAACUUGAACUCAGACAGCAGUUAGGAUCUCAAAGUGCUCCUUAUCUGUCCCGUUAUUUAGCUGCUUUGUUCUUGUGCGCCUGCUGUGUCGAACACGUACACUGCUACUUGAAUCCGGUGAACGCGCGCGACCUUGUUCUCUUUGAUUCUGGAUUUUCUAAUGAGCUAUUUUUGCCACUUUUAUUUUGCAUUGAUUCAGUUAUUUCCUGCCAGUUUAGGGAACCUCAGUGUUUUAGAAUGAUGACUUCAGUGGUGUUUUACUAUGGACGUAGUACUUGUGAACUGCUUGAUAGCCUGUGGAAUGUGCCGCAUGUAUCCGCAGUUAUUCUUGAAGGGUGUGUCGUUUAGUAUGUUGCCGUUCCCAGUCGCUUUAACUUCUUUUAUUGCCAACAUUGUUUAAUGUCCAGACCACGACCUGGCCUGUGCGUGUGAUGUUUUAAGUUCUUAUUUUCAUUCUUUUCGGUGUUAGUGUUCUCUAUGACCCACCCCAGUCUAAAGCAUGGUACAUAAGUUGGCAUUGCUGCGAAAAUAGA